GGGGUCAAAGGCCCAACCAUAAGUGGUGAUGGCUUAACUGAGCAGUGAGCAUCUCAACAGAACAGCAGCUGGUAAAGGUGUUUAGGGUGCGUCCAGUGUGGGUUGAGAACUCUUCACAUCACAAACCCCAGGAUGGGCACCCGGAGGACUCCCCCCUCCUCGCACCCCCCAACAUCCUCGCGCCCUCCAACGGGCUCCAACACAAUCCCCAUCACUCGCUCUUAAGUCUCCCGACCUGCUCCUUUUCUUCCUUACUUGAAGUGUCUCUCAGUCUCAGACAGACAUUCUCACUCCCAGUCUCCAUCGUGACACGGCAGUGGAAAGUGGCGCCUUGCAUACUUUUAGCACUAGACAAAAAUGUGUUUAGCGAAAUGACAUUGAUUCACAAGAGAGAUGAAUGUGGAAGUUAUUUGCAUACAGUUGUUUUUGGUACUAAUAUACACAAGUACUUAUCAGUGUAUGUGGAUUCCUGAUGAAAAUACAAACUACAUGUAUGUCAAAGAUAAACCUGGAGGCAAUUACAGUCCUAGGAUACUUGAGGACACAAACAUCAGUUAUGAUAAUUUCAACUCUAAUAUGGACAACUGGUCGAUAGAUGAGGAGUACAUCAUUAAUCCCACAAAGAAAACUUCACUGAAGCAAGUCUUGAACAACCUAGGGGACCAGUGGUGGAGAAUAACAAAUCCUGAUGACCCAGCAAGGAAUGCAGAGCCAGCUAUGUGGGAUGGUCAUGGUCUACAAAAAUCCAUUGUACAAAACCUAUCAGCAGAUUAUCAGCUUGUGCAAGACAAAUGGGAAGAAGAAGCUGUAACAUGAGCUAGUAUGUAACAUACUAGUGUUAUCAACACAAUCUACGCAGUACAUACUUUAAUGGCAAGUUUCUCCACAGUACUUAAAAGAAUAACAACUGUAUUUUAAUCAAGACUGACAUACGUACUACUGUAUAUGAUUACAUAUUAGUGAAAGAUCAUGAAUGUUAUUCGAAUGAGCCAAAAUUUUUCUACAAAUUAUCUUUACAACUCAAAUGCUAAGUCAUAAACCAAAUACUACCAUUAUCUAAAGUCAAAACCUAUAACUCUACUUCACAAGACAAAAAUAAUUUAAAUAUAUAUAUAAAUGCAUAGAUGUACACUAUAUAAAAGAUAAUCUGGAUGAUUUGUCCACAGUCGUUCUCAUGAAGCAGUACUUAUGUGAUAAUUCUGAAGGUGCUCAUAACUAUACCAAAUAUGUUCAAACUGGUUAAUCACAAGAAACAGAUGAUCACCUAAAAAUGUAAAAUGUUUUUCUUUAUAUAUUAAUCAAAAUAUUGCAAGAUAUUCUUAUAAUAUAAAUAUUGCAAGAUAUUCUUAUAAUAUAAAUCUUUUAAAUUAU